AAGGAGGUGGAGGUGGCGGAGGAAAAGCGGGCGAAGGGCAGAGCGAGCGAGCGAAGGGAGGCGGACGGGCGAGCCGGAGCGCUGGAGGUGGCGGAACCCCGUUGCAAAGAGGCGCAGAAGCAACGGCGGCAGCGGCUCCCGUCCGGCAGGGAGAGCUUCUGCUGAGCGCCUCGGGUUAGCCAAGGAAGGAAGGAAAGAAGGAAAGCAAGAAGGCAAGAAAGCAAGGCAAGCAAGAAGGAAGGAAGGAGCCGGGCGAGGAGCGAGCCCCUUGCAGCAGCGGCGCGGACGCGAUCCCAGGGUGAGGGGCAGCCGCGCGCAAGGCAGGAUCGGAGAAGGAGGCAGCCCGGCAUCCUCGCCACCCCCGCCGCCGCCGCCGCCAAGAUGCGGCUGGGCAGAUUGCUGGUGACCGUCGCCUGGGGUUUCUCCGGGCUUCUGCUCGCCUCGCCUUCCCCGGGAGAUGGAAUCGCCGCCGCCGGCGAGGGCAGCCUGAGAGCCGCGGAGGGCGCCGCCGCCUCCUUCGCCUCCGCCGCCAAGGAGACCAACAGCCGGGCCAGCAGAGCCAAGAGAAGAGGGCAGGCGGGAGGCGCCGCCGGGCACGACGCGCUGAAAGGACCUAAUGUUUGCGGAUCACGGUACAAUGCCUAUUGCUGUCCUGGGUGGAAAACUUUACCUGGUGGAAAUCAAUGUAUUACCUCACAGAUGUUUCCCGCAAUUCCGUUCUUCCAUAAGGAUUUCAAAGAGAUUGCGGAUGAGAUGGAAGAGCAGCUCCACUAG